CCAGGUGUCAGCACUGAGCCGAGCGGCGCCUUUUUACCUCCAGCGAAGAAGAGCCGUGUCCUUCACAACAGCUAACAUGGCUACAGCUACUAAACUGAUCCAGAGGCUGCGGAACUUCUUAUCAGGGCAUGACCUGCAGGCCAAACUGCAGCUGAGAUAUGAGGAGGUCGCAAAGAGGACGCAGCCACCACCCAAACUGCCAGUCGGUCCAAGCCACAAAUAUGCAGCCAACUACUAUUUUACCAGAGAUGGCCGCAGAGAGUCGGUACCAGCAACAGUUGUGAUGUCUGCUCAGAAGGCUCUUACCGCUGGAAGUGAAGUUGCUGAAGCACCAAAGCUUCCUGUGACCCCCGGUGCAGUGUACCAACCUCCCGCUCUCUCUACAGACCAGCCAUACCUCUGAGCAGCAGCAUACAACUCAGCAUCAGCAUCAGUUCUCCAUCUGCAUCUGCUGCAGAGCUCUCCUUACAAAAGGCUGUAUGUCAUAACUUGUACUAUAGAAAGUGUGAAUAAAAGAUGUUGUAUGUUA